AUGAAGGAGUACUUGCAACGACAGAUAAAACCAACACGACACAUCCCUGCCGUGUAUAAAACUGAAAAAGACAUUAUCCAAGAGAACCACAAGUUUGUGCGUUCAGAUAUAGACGAUGAUGAACUCACAUGGGGACAACGGGUGGCCAAGAAAUACUACGACAAAUUGUUCAAAGAGUACGCCAUUUGUGAAUUAAAGUACUACAAAGAGGGCAAGAUCGCCUUGAGAUGGAGAACAGAGAAAGAGGUCAUUGUAGGCAAGGGCCAAUUCAUUUGUGCAUCGACUCGCUGUGAUGAGACAAAGAAGCUGCAGAGCUGGGAAGUGAAUUUUGGAUAUAUGGAGGAUGGCGAAAAGAAGAACGAACUGGUCAAGGUUAGAUUAUGCCCUGAAUGCUCUGACAAAUUGAACUACAAGACAAAGAAGAGAUUGGCCAAGACGCUCAAACGAAAAUCAAGAGAGGAGCAAACAUCGAAAAGCAAGAGCAAGAGGCAGAGACGACAUUCCAGUGCAUCUUCCUCAGCCUCUGAUGACGAUGACGAGGAUGAUGUGUGUGGUGAUACUGGAAAGGAUAAAGGUGAACACGAUACAUUUGCACAGGAAUCAUCGUCUAUAUGGAGCAAGCCCUUGGAGACGAAGGAAGAGAAAUCAAAGGAAGAGGAAUACGAGGACUAUUUUGCUGAUCUGCUGCAAUAG